CGGUGCCGUUCGGGGGACCCGGAUGCGGCCCCGCCCCCGCCCGCGGAACCGGAAGUAGAGCCUGGCGCCUGGGAGCGGCGGGCGCGGCGGGAUCCAGGGCCGACCCGGGCCGGACCGACCCCAGGCGGCGAUCUAGGAGUGGAGUUGCUGAGUCAUACAGUACCUGAGUUUAACCUUCUGAGGAACUGCCAGACCUUUUCCAUUUAACAUCCCUGUCAGCAGUCUAUGAGGCUUCCAGUUUCUCCACACUGUUGCUGAGACUUGUCAUUGGCUGUUUUAUUUUAGUCAUCCUAGUGGGUAUGAGACGGAAUCAUUCCCCAAUGCCUGGAAAUUCCUCAUUGGAUUACUGUGUUUUAAACAGAGUUUUGUGAGCACCCUUUUAUCUCCAAGCGGAAAGAAAGAAAACUUUCUCACUCAAGUUGAAGCCAAAGUAUUUCCAGUAUAUUUCUGACACCAGGUGACGGCAGUGUUAGAACCCCAAGAUGUGGAAAGCUUCAGCAGGCCACGCUGUGUCCAUCGCCCAGGAUGACGCGGGGGCCGAUGACUGGGAGACUGACCCCGAUUUUGUGAAUGAUGUGAGUGAGAAGGAGCAAAGAUGGGGUGCCAAGACGGUGCAGGGCUCCGGGCACCAGGAGCAUAUCAACAUACACAAGCUGAGGGAGAAUGUCUUUCAAGAGCAUCAGACCCUUAAGGAGAAGGAGCUUGAAACAGGACCAAAAGCCUCCCACGGCUAUGGAGGGAAAUUUGGUGUGGAACAAGACCGAAUGGAUAAGUCAGCUGUCGGCCACGAAUAUCAGUCGAAACUUUCCAAGCACUGCUCGCAGGUGGACUCGGUCCGUGGCUUCGGAGGCAAGUUUGGUGUCCAGAUGGACAGAGUUGAUCAGUCUGCCGUAGGCUUUGAAUACCAGGGGAAGACUGAGAAGCACGCCUCCCAGAAAGACUACUCCAGUGGUUUUGGCGGCAAGUACGGCGUGCAGGCCGACCGAGUAGACAAGAGCGCGGUGGGCUUCGACUACCAGGGCAAGACAGAGAAGCACGAGUCACAGAGAGAUUACUCCAAAGGUUUCGGCGGCAAAUACGGUAUCGACAAGGACAAAGUGGAUAAGAGCGCCGUCGGCUUUGAGUAUCAAGGCAAAACGGAGAAGCACGAGUCCCAGAAAGACUAUGUGAAAGGGUUUGGAGGAAAAUUUGGUGUGCAGACAGACAGACAAGACAAAUGUGCCCUUGGCUGGGAUCACCAGGAGAAAUUGCAGCUGCAUGAAUCCCAAAAAGAUUAUAAGACUGGUUUUGGAGGCAAAUUCGGUGUUCAGUCGGAGAGGCAGGACUCCGCUGCUGUGGGGUUUGAUUACAAGGAGAAGCUGGCCAAGCACGAGUCCCAGCAAGACUACUCCAAAGGAUUCGGCGGGAAGUAUGGGGUGCAGAAGGAUCGGAUGGAUAAGAAUGCGUCCACCUUUGAGGAUGUCACCCAGGUGUCCUCUGCCUACCAGAAGACAGUACCUGUCGAAGCUGUGGCCAGCAAAACAAGUAACAUCAGAGCUAACUUUGAAAACCUCGCUAAGGAGAAAGAGCAGGAGGACAGGCGGAAGGCGGAGGCGGAGAGAGCCCAGCGGAUGGCCAAGGAGCGGCAGGAGCAGGAAGAGGCCAGGAGGAAGCUGGAGGAGCAAGCCAGAGCCAAAACGCAAACGCCCCCUGCGUCACCUGCACCUCAGCCGACCGAGGAGAGGCUGCCCUCGAGCCCUGUCUAUGAGGAUGCGGCUUCCUUCAAGGCAGAGCUGAGCUACAGAGGCCCUGUGAGCGGGACAGAGCCGGAGCCCAUGUACAGCGUGGAGGCCGCUGACUACCGAGAGGCCGGCAGCCAGCAGGGCCUGGCCUACGCCACAGAGGCUGUCUACGAAAGCGCAGAGGCCCCGGGCCACUAUCCCGCAGGUACUGGGGCCCCACGCUGCAGCGCCCUGCCCAGGGCCGGGAGCUCCUGGGACAUCCUGCUCGACCUGUGGCAUCGUUGCGAGGAGCGUGGGUUUUCCACUGACCCACCUUUGCUUGCUGGCUUGCUGCAGGGUCUUGUCCCUGGAGAGAAGUGCUCUAGACACAUUUGGGGCAUCGGCUCCUGUGCUGGGUCCCAGGAAGGUCCCCAUUGUGCUGGGGAUGGGUAGGCAGGGGCAGAGGAAGGGAGGGCUUCAGCUGCCCUCCCUAAGAUUGGGACAGAAUCUUAGGAAGUGUCAUCUAAAACUUGAGAAGGCUGGAAACCUGUGUGGGACUUUGUAUUGCUCAGCUCUGUCAUGGCUUUCUUUUAGAGGACAGCACCUACGAUGAGUACGAGAACGAUCUGGGGAUCACAGCCGUCGCCCUGUAUGACUACCAGGCUGGUGAGCGGCCUGCAAAAGCGCUCGGAGGGGAGACCCUGGCAGCUGCGCCUGCCUCUGCUUGUUUCCUGAGAAUUCACUUCUCCAGCGUUGUUAGUUUUAGAAAUAAUUUAUGUUGAGAUAAUUUCAGAGAUAUAGAAAAGUUGCAGGUAUAGUGCCAAGAACUCCCAUGUUCCCUACCCGGAUUCCAUCUCUGCACACACAUGUACACACCCCCUGUUAUCUUUAGUAUUCUCUGAACACUUGGAGAGCUGCAGGGGUGCUGCCACCCCCAAAGACUCCAGCGUGUUUCCCAAGAUCAAAGAUGCUGUCCCACAGGGACACCCCACCCUCCAGGUGAGAGGGCCUCACAGAUGCCUUGAUGUUCGAGACCCCAUUCCUGCCUGUCCUGCCCUGGCCGCCAGCUCCCAUGUGGCCUGCGCGUUCCCCUGAGUUCCUUUUGCGGCCUUGGCAGUUUCAGAGCAGCCUCAGCUCCUGGGCUGGCCUCAGCCGCCCGCCCCGUGUUCCCUCCGGGCCAGGCUGAGCUGUGCUCUGGUGGUGGUGAAGUCAUGGAGACCACGCAGUGGGGCUCUCUGCUGGGCCGCAUGGCGUCCACUUGUCCCUCUGUCACAGCCACCACCUGGUCCACAAAGUCACCACCACCCGUCUGCAGUUGACAAGCAUCUUACGGGUGGCGUGGGAUUCCCCUCAGAACCCCCGGCCGCUGCCUCUUGAGUGCUUCCCGUUUGCAGCUUUCUAUCAGCGCGGAAGCUGGCGUUCUACCAUAAGUGAGCGCUGGCCGUCCCCGUUCAGUCCCCUUUGCACACGUGCGGGUGUGUCUGUGACGUCUCUGCACCUGUGUGUGGAUUCUCAUCACCGUGGCUUUUGCCCUCCAUUCCCAUUUCACCCAUCACCUCGGGCUUCUCUCCAGGUGUCCCCCGGUGUCCCUCCAGUGCGGCCUCCACAGCCCCAUGACCUUGGGCGCAGCCCAUCUCCCCCCCCCUCCACAGACACGUCUGCCAGGGAGAGAGGGGAAGGGAGGGAGAGAGGGGAAGGGAGGGCGGGCGGGGCUGGAGUUAGGCGGUGGAGACCUGCUCCUGAGGAAGGGGUCCGGGUGGGGUUGGUGCUUGUGUGAAGGGCCCUGCGCGUCUUUGUAAUCUCUCGGCUCAUGUUCACAAAUCCUGGCCCUGGUGGCGUGGGAGAGGCAGCAGGAGCCUCCGCAGUGGCCGGCAUCUCUGCAGGGGGCAUCUCUGAGCAGGCUGCCUGGGAGCUCGCUCUGGGUUGCGCUGUUUUUUUCUGGCAGACCAGGAAACGCUUGCACUUCAGCAUCUUUCUCUGUGUUCUCUUCCCCAGCGGGCGAUGAUGAGAUCUCAUUUGACCCCGACGACAUCAUCACCAACAUCGAGAUGAUUGAUGACGGCUGGUGGCGUGGGGUGUGCAAGGGCCGGUAUGGGCUCUUCCCAGCCAACUAUGUGGAGCUGCGGCAGUAGGGCCUCCAGCCCCCCGGAGCUGCGCCCCGGAUCCUCACACUACAGAUCAGGCCUUCUUUGGUUCUUGGGUUUUGGGUUUCUUUUUUUUUUGAAGGUGGGGAGGGGAAUAUACACAUUGCUUUUAUAUUUAAUACUUUUGCUGAUGCUUUUGAAAAUGUUUAUGCCACAGAAUUUGCUAAUAUAUUGUAAUCACAUUCCUUAGGAGGACUUUGGUAAUUGGUUUUAUGCAUUGAUGGUUUUUGUUUUUUUUUUUUUGCCAAAUUGACUGUCACACGCGGCAGCUUCAGGGAGCUCGCAUUCUCUUGUGUGCGUGUUGCCCUCGUGCCCAUCAAGUGCAGUCAGGACCUCCCAGGACAAGCACGAGGCCUCAGGUCGUCCCUGUGGCGGGUAGGCAGGAAGGACUGUCCCAGACGAGGGGCUUCCUCUAGAGUCUCACCGUUUGGGAGGAGAGGGGUGGGCCUGAUGGAAGUUUACCCGGAGCUAAGUCACCCAGAGCACAGGAGCUGCCAUGCCAGAUGGGAAAUCUGCCUAUGUCAUACCAUGACAGCCCGCAGGAUCAGGUGGCUUCUAGCAGAGACCCUGGUUUUCUUCCUGUGCCCACUCCAGCUUGUCCUCGUCUCUACCCAUCCCCUGAUGCCCAGGUCACCGAUAGGGCUGCUGGGAGCCGGGCAGUGUCACUGAGUCCUUGAAAUCCUCCCCUGCCCUGCGGGUCUAUGGAUUGGGACGCACAGUGCAGUUGAGGUCUACGUCGGGCUUGGCUUUUCACAAAGGCUGAUGUCUUGACUGUCACCCAUAUGGUCCCUGGGCCACCGGGCAGCCUGAGGCGGUGUGUGUGCAUGUCACAGCAUGGCCUCUCGGCCUUGGGAAGGAAGGCAGGGCCUGCUUUGCUCUGAGCCGCCAGGAACCCUCCUCCCAUCAAUGGGGAUGUAGUAUUUUUGCCAAAAUAUCAUGUUCAAUUACAGUAGUUUGAUCAGUUGAAGGCUAGAAGUGUGAAGUACAGAUGAGUGCAUGUUCCUCCCCAAGGUCCCCCCACAGCUCCAGGACACGGCUGUCCUGGCAUUUGUGGCCACUCACUUUGUAGGAAACUCAUCUCCUUCCUGAGGAGCCGGGAGGCUGGACCAGUCCCGUCGUGCAGUCAGGUGGGCAGUGUGUCUUUCCAGAAGGUCACGUGGAAAUGUCUCGGGACUUGGGUCCAGGAGCGCCCGUGAAGCGUGUUUUCGCUCCUGAGGUGCAUUUCUCAUCAUCCUUGCUUUACCACAAUGAGCAAUGAGGUCGGGUUUUAUAUGCAACCUAUUGUAUCUGAAUUCCUGUAGCACACCUCAUAGGUAUGAUUUUUUUAAAUUAAAGAAUUCAGAAUAAACUUUUUUUGAUCCA